CGGGAGACGCCACAACAGUGAGAGGCCCGCAUACCACCAAAAAAAAAACAAAAACAAAAAAAAACAAAAAAAUAGGCACCAGCACUAUUUAGAUUUAACUCAAACUGAAAUCUCGAACCAGAAUCCCAUCUAAUGAAGGUAACUGUGCUUUCUGCAAGCGCUCCAAGCCAGCCUGUGGAUCUUGGGGUGCUGGUGGCAUGAUGUGCAAAGUAAUGAGAGAAAAGGAAGGAGCUCCAGCUAGGCCUGUGGGAUAGGACCAGGCACAUUUUCAUGUUCAUUUCUUGUCCCAGUCAUUAUUUUCUCCCUUCCCGAUUCUCUACAAGUUGUUACAAGGGGCAGAAUGUAUUUCAUGUUAAGCCAGCCAACCAGACUUUUUGCUAUUCUUGUUUUUCUGUUAAAAGAAAAAAAAUAGUCCAGAUAAUUUCUUAAGUGUAUGAAUGUAAAAGAAAGCUGGGUGGCUCUCCUCCUAGGUUGGAUGUUUGCAGUUGCAGGAGCAGAUGUGCUCUAUUUCCACUUUAAUAUUAGCUGGGUAAAUCCCACAUUUUCUCAGAGCAGAGCACAUCUGCUAUAUACUUUAACUAGAAGCAAAUUACAAUUAUGUUUAAACUUAUACUGUCCAAUACAGCAGUCACUGGCUACAUAUGGUUAGUUAAAUGUUAAUUAAAAAUAAAUUAAGAAUUCAGUUCUCCAGUCACACUGGCCACAUUUCAAAUGCUCAGCAGCCACACGUGGCACAGGACCGCCCAGGUCUGGGACAGUUCCACCGUGUGAACCCUCUCAACAGCACUGGUCUGCACUUUCACUCCAGAGAGAAAAGCUCUGCCAUCGUGUUUAAGUCUUAACAACUUAGAGUGCCUAGAAUUAAGAGGGAAACAUGUAUUUAAAACAGUUCACAAUGUUAAAUCACACAGGUCGAGCCAUGUGAAAUUCUAUUGGACUGUUUUUGAUCUACAAAAAUGACAGUUUCACAUAAUUUGAUCUACUAUAUCAGUGCAUUAACACCACAUGUCAUUGAACUUGAAACGUGCAUCUCCUCUGAUCUCGCUCCUAUGAAUCCAGGCUCUUUUGUUUAGAAGGUACACAGCUGUAACUUCUAACAUUUGCACUUACAUCAUUAGUCUCUGGACAGGCAGCAGUUGUAACUCCAGCAAGAAAGCCUCGGGCAGUGUUGAUGGAGGAAAGUGGCCUUUAUACCGCAUGGAACUUAACAACAGACUAGACUACUUUGUUGGGGAAGGUGGUCCUCACACAGGCAACACCGUUGGCUUAGGAAAUGAACGCAUCUCCUCUCUGAAUUCCGUAGUGUUUUUAUUUCUUGAUUUUACUCCAGCAGACACGUCUGAAGGGUAUCAUGAAGGGUCUUUGGAGAAGUGACUGGACCCGUGUGAACUGUCCACUUGAACCCCAGCGAUGUAAAUGUGCCUCUCUGUAUUUUGACAUUUUUAACUGUGCAGCUGUAUCACGCCUAUUUCAAAAGCUCUUCGUGCUCUUCGGGGCUCUCCCCUCGUGCCGUGUUGUCUCUAGCGUGUUUGUGGCUUCUCGCUCAGAGAGCAGUGCUGAGGCAGGGCCUCACGCCGAGUCACAGGGCUCCUCGGAACAAGAAAACUUUCUCAGAAGUCCUCCCACACAGGUGGGUGACAGAAACAGUUUGUGGCAACACAAAUCUCUCUCCAUGGUGGAGAAACUUUUGCUUAUCCACUGUAUUCUACUCAGUGUCUAGUGAUGACAAAUGUAAUAGAAUAAAACCAGUAAAGUAUAUGGGCCCUGGUUAAGUGUUAAAUGUGUAUCUCACCUGUGGAACCUGCUCAGCAGCUUGGUUUCCGGGCUUGGGGGCAUAUUUAUUUCUUACAGCCAAACCUCUUCUUCAUUGGUUUAGUGUAUGUACAUAAGUCUAUUUAGAUAUACUUAUCCCACUUCCACCUCCACCGUCCCCUAAACUUUCUCACAUCCCCCCUGUUGCUGAAGUGGCCUCUUCACACAGGCCCUGGAGGAGCUCCUGAGCAAAGUCUGUUCCUGCAUCCAGGGCAUGGGUCCCACGGGAUGAGCGUAUGGCCGCAGGAAGGUGCCCAUAGCACAGGAAGGGGUGGGCGUGGGUGGCGUCAUGCUGUGGUCCAAGGUCUGUGCAUCGCCUCACUGGGUGCAGUACCUUCCCCCUCAGGUCUGUGAAGGACUCCAGACUGCCCUCUGUGAGUGAUGGUUGUGUGUGACGUAAUCAUUUCCACUAAAACCUAGUCUGUGUGAUGCUGAGAGGAUUAACUGUGCAAGUGACUGAUUUCAUUUAAGUUGUAAUCACAUCCCUUUUCUGCUUCACCAACCUGAACUGUUUUAUGGAAAGUAUCAUUAAAGAUCUGGUCUCUUUCCUUUUGACUAUUAUUUCUGAACACCUUUCAGUGGAGCAUAGUAAGUGAUGAUGUACUUAGCUCAAGCUACAGGCCGUUAGAGUCAGUCAACAGGUAGUAGUGGGUUUUUACAGACCCCUCGCCAUCUGGGGCUGCUGGUGCACAUGGGCCCCGACGGAGUGACCUGGAGGGGCAGGGGAGGGGGGUGGUGGGAGAGAGCCUCUAGUGCCUGCGUUCAGGUCCUGAGGGAGAGCUCGCCCGCAGUGAGUGACUUCAUCCUGUCUUUCCCUGUGACACUGAUUUUAUAAAAACGAGGCCCAACUUGACUCCUUUGGAGCCAGACUCGAUUCUGAGGAACUAGGUUUGGGGCUCCGAGCAAAGGAUCGCCUUUUAAAGCCAAACAGGCAAACAAGUGCCAUUGUUAAAAAAUAAAUAUUCUGCUUUACACCCCUCUCUGCCCCCAUGUCCCCUGCAAACAAGCAAAAAAAUCAAGACCCACCCUGUGUCCACACCCAUCGUUUUUCUGUGUUACUUAUUUGCCUGUUUCUAUCAGUCUUCUGAAACUGAAGACAAAGGCGCCUGCAGCCCAAAUGGUUUUGCCUCCAGUUCCCAUGUCACACGUCUCCUUUUGGCAGCUGUGCUGGUCAGAGGCCAUAGCGGCUACUGCUGCAGCCCCGGAGCUGAGCUCCACAGGGUGGAAAGGGAGGAGCUGGGAGGAGCUGCUGCUACAACCCCCAGGCCGCAAGCCAGAUCCCUCCCUGCAGGCAGGCAGGCACAGGGACCCACCCUGCAUUCUGGGGUGCUCCCUACAACCCCGCGGGACGAGCAGCGAAGAGGCCAGGCUCUGAACGUUCACCCUGCCCACCUUUUGCUGUUCGAACAGAGCUGCGGGAAUGCAGCUUGGAAGCCACGAGGAACCACAAUGACCCUCCCCUGUGGCCAGCACACUUAACACGGCUCUGCCUUUUAGGAAGGUGAAAGAACCAACUACUUCCAGGAAUCAGCCCUCUAAAAAGUACUGGUUUGGAAAGGAUUUGGGAGUGAAAGUGGAGAUAAUAAGGCUUUCUAGUAAAUCCACCUCUGGUGCAGCAGUACCGUUUCAGUGGGUGAGUGUAGCUAGAGCCCAAACAGGGACUCUGGCUGUCAGCUUUAAUUUGAACAAUUAAAAUGAUUAGCUUGAAAUAUGAGCAGCUCCUAGUUAACCUUUCCUUGAGAAACACAUCUUCCUUUUGGCUGUUUAUUGGUUCAUGUUUUUUUUUUAGGGAAAGUCACCCCUUCCACUUUACCUUGGCAGUGGCCGGGUACCUGAGGCACAGGGGACCACUGAGACCGGCUCCUCAGAGCCAGGGUGCUGGCUAGAAUGCCUGCUUUCUCCUCUAGGCUGCACUCUGCUUUUAUAGGCAAAGCUGCACCAGGUCUGAUCGAGCCUUAGUUCCCGAAGAGGGUCCGCCAUAUGUGCCUCAUCUGUGUUACUCCACGCAAGCGGAAACAAAGUAUUCCCAUUCCUUCCCAUUCUAAUUAUGUGGGAAAAGGGACAAAGGUAACCACUGAGGUGGUGUUCCCUGGUCCAGCAGAGGAAAAAUGGUUCCUCAUCUCACUACUGUAGCCCACAAACCAACCAACCAACCGGUACACAGAGCUAGGAGUUCACAGGAGGGGAAAUGCGGUAGGGUCUGGUGAAUGAUUGGGAGUGAAGCAGUAUUAGAAAAUGGAUCCAUGGACUGAGAAAUCUCAGUUACUUUAGGAUAGGAAGGGAGAACUUAAUGAACAACCUCCAGGCAACCUGCCUAGCAGCUUAAUUCCAGGAACUAAAAGCAUCCCUCACAAGGAGGAUGGUGUGUGGCAGGCUUAAAGGGCAAAAGAGUAAAAUACUUCAACUUAAAAUUGUUUCAAGCAGUUUUGUAUUAAGAGCUACCUCAUCCAUCCUGACAUUUGGGGAAAUACAGACUAGAUACAGCGGGACACAUAUCUGGAAAAAUGUAAAGCCAAGUAAACAAGUUUAAAACGUGACACACACAGAAGAACCUUGGAGAGAUAAGCUACUUAAGACAAAUCUUUUAUGGAAAAGCUCAGGGUAAAAAUACAGCCAACUGGGAGACCAAAGAAAUCCCUGCGCCUGGAGGAGAGCAGCAGGAUUUGAAGGCAGCUCAGCCUGGAAACCAUCACUACUGAACAAAGUGACAGAGGAAAGCUUCUGCUUACACCUCUGAGCACAAAACCGUCCCCCUUAGCUCUUCAUAGACAGCAGUCUUCUUCCUACUAAGAGGAGAGCAAAAGACUCAUACUGAUGUCCUAGGAAACAAAAACAGAUCCUAUGUACAAUUAGAGUCCCUCCCAGUGAGUAGAGACUGCAAGCCCAGACAGAGGUGGUCCAGCCAGCACCACAGAUGAAAAUGCCAAAAGAGCUCUCCGCCUAACACCACGGUCAGCUAAAAGGAAAGAAAUCCCUUUUAGGGAAGCUAUUUAAUUUCAAUAUGCUGCUUUUCUGCCAGGAUUUUCAAUUCCUCGGAACAUAAGCCGAGCCACGGACUGCUGCACGUGUGUCUGGGUCUGGGCUUCCCCGCCUCUUCAGAGCAGCAGCACCAGUUGUUGGCCAAAAAUAAACACCAUUCCUCAACCAUAUAUGUCCACCGGCCCGGAGCUGGGGAGGAGGAGCAGGAGGUAGGUCAGGACCCCGGGCUCCAGCCACACUCCGUGGCUGCCGUGCACCAUGCACAUCACCCAGCUCAACCGCGAGUGCCUGCUACACCUCUUCUCCUUUCUGGACAAGGACAGCAGGAAGAACCUUGCCAGGACCUGCCCCCAGCUCCAGGACGUGUUUGAGGACCCCGCGCUGUGGCCCCUGCUGCACUUCCGUUCCCUCACAGAACUCAAGAAGGACAACUUCCUCCUGAGCCCGGCGCUCAGGAGCCUCUCCAUCUGCUGGCACUCCAGCCGCGUGCAGGUGUGCAGCAUCGAGGACUGGCUCAAGAGCGCCCUCCAGAGGAGCAUCUGCAGCCGGCACGAGAGCCUAGUCAGUGAUUUCCUCCUCCAGGUGUGCGACAGGUGCCCCAACCUGGCAUCCGUCACGCUGUCGGGCUGCGGCCACGUCACCGACGACUGCCUGGCGCGUCUGCUGCGCUCCUGCCCGCGCCUGCGCGCGCUGCGCCUGGAGAACUGCGCGCGCGUCACCAACCGCACGCUGACGGCCGUGGCGGCGCACGGGCGGGCGCUGCAGACGCUGCACGUGGACUUCUGCCGCAACGUGAGCGCGGCCGGCCUGCGCCGCCUGCGCGCCGCGUGCCCGCGCCUGACUCUGCGCGCCGAACACAGCGCGGCCAUGAUCCCCGACCAGCUCCCGCGCGGCCUGCGUUCGCCCGGCGCUGCCCUCCGCAAGCAGCUUCUGCGCUAGGCCGGGCGGGCCGUGUCUGGGACACCGGCCCUGGGCCUCAGGGCUGGAGGAGUGGCCUGCAUUGAACAACAGUCCCUAGACAGCCGCCACAUCCUCAGCCAAGACGGGGAUACGAGCGCCUCCCGCACAUUACGAUUUUAUACAUUGGCUCAGUGCAAGGUUUGAUGGCCAGAUGCUUGAAAAACACUCUGGUGUUUCUCACUAAACACCAGCACCCUUCCCUGUCUCCCCUAAGCACCCGGUUCUCCGCCUGGCGCUGCGCGGGAGCCCUUAGCCCAUACUCCCCGGCUGAGGUCGCAGUUGGCGGGGGGGGGUCUAAAUAACAGCCGUGGGGAGGCGUGGCCGCUCGG